UGUGCAAGAAUGGGCGUUUCAUUUUCACCGCCGUGUCGUCCGCGAUAAACCGAAUCGAGGUCAUCAGGAGACGGCUCUUUGCUCUCGACGAGGGGAAGAGAAACGGCCGGCGGACAGCAACGGCGAAACGUGGCACGAACGUUUCGCGAAAUUCGGGUGUUAAAAUCUCCCACCGUGCGGAUUACAUUCUUCGCAUUCAUCCCGAGAAAUCCACCCCUUCAUCGCGCUCUACCACCGCCGUCGCCGCCGUUCGCUCUGUUCGUCGUCACACCGUCACUCGCGCGUAACUUCUCGCGCUACGCGCAACAUUCUCACAUGAAGUUUGCUGCUUUUAUCGCGCGUUCUUGUUAGUGGCGGACGACAUCGAGUCGGCGGCUCUCACUCGUCCGUGCUCGCUCAGGACCGUGCGAGAGUGUCGAGCUGACUUACUCUACAAAUUUACUCGUCGCCGGGAUCCACUUAGUUGCAACAGGAUCUUCUGACGAAUUAUCUUCGCGGAUAUGCCCACGCUCAUGCAGCCGUCGGACAUCCAAUUGGUGAACGACGAGAGCGACGAGACGGACAUCGUGUUCGAUCGAGGCUCAUUGAUGCAUCAGCAGGAUCUGUUGCACCCUCAGGAUGCGACGCAGAAUCGGGAGCGCAGCAAGUUGCUGCUACGCAAAUUGAGUCAGACCCGCGAGAGAGAACGCGGCCAGAAAGAACGCGAACAGGAGCGGGAGCGAUUGCAUCAGUUGCAAUCGAUCAACAAUUUGUUGCUUGAUUUACCAUCGCCGCCGUCGCCCUCACAUCUUCCUACCUUUUCGCAGGACACGUUCUCAUCCUCUCAAUCGGACAAGAAUGUAAGCAAUGACGGUGACAGCUCGAUCUCGGACAUGUUCGGACUGGGCUUGCCACGCGGAUCGCUGAUGGGAAACCAAUCGGCGGCUGUUGGCUCUCCGAGUUACCGUAAUUACGGCAGUUACGGUCAGAGUCAGGGGUCUUCACAACCGUCGCACGAGUGUCUUCGCAAUCACGGCUUCUGCUCGAAUUCCUCGGGUUUGGAUGUUCCAAGUUCACCGAAUUCGGUGACCACUCCAGGCAGCCCCAGCACCCCCGGUAGUUUCUCGUCGGAUUUCUACAGCUAUUCGUCCACUGCCAGCAACAGUACAAACACACCGUCUUCACCGACUAGCCGACUGUCGUUCCAAUAUCCCGGAUCUUCGUCAUCACCCGAUAACACUUACUUCGGCCGCCCUAUACGUGGCUGUUCUACACCGUACAGUGAUUGUGGUAGUCCGACGUUGGAAUUCUCUCAUCUUCUGGGAUGCAACGGCUCGCGUUCUAACUCGCCAGCGGAUUCAGAGACAAGUGGAGUCGGUAGCGCGGAUGGUUCUUUGUCUGACAUAAUAAUGAAUUGCUUAUCGUUGAAUUCUUCAUCGUCGAAUUCUUGUUUUCCGCCAUCUCUGGAUUCUAUAAUAUCGAAAACGAACACGUGUCCGAAUAACAGAACAGCGUUCGAGCGUAUGGCUGUAAAGAAGUACUUGUCAUCGUUACAACAGAAUCCAACAAAUCAGCAUUAUUAUCAACAUCAUCACGGACUCGGGCAAAAUCGCAGCAAUUUUCUCAAUUCUCUCUUGAAUCACGAGAAGAAUUGUUGUACCAAUCUUGGAAAUGCUGCGCGCAGAUUGGCUCCUGUGUCGCUUGAUAGAGUAGCGAGAUCCCACCGAAAUGCUGCUGCGCAUUGUUAUCCAACAUGCACAUGGAGUGGCUUUCUGCCACAAAGCACUGAAGAGCCAGUCGCUUAUUCUCCCAAAGUAUUUCUGGGAGGUGUACCGUGGGAUGUUACGGAAGCUAUUUUGAUUUCAACAUUCAAACAAUUCGGACCAGUUCGCGUCGAGUGGCCUGCAAAGGCACCAUCCGCUCAGCCGAAAGGAUACGCGUACAUAAUAUUCGAAUCGGAGAAACAAGUCAGAGCAAUGUUGUCCUGUUGCACUCACGAUAUUACCAAUGGAAAAAGAUGGUAUUAUAAAAUUAUAUCCAAACGUUCAAAACCAAAGGAUGUACAAGUGAUUCCGUGGAUCCUGGAGAAUAGUAACUAUGUAAAAUCUUCAUCACAAAGAUUGGACGCGCAUAAAACAGUAUUUGUGGGCGCGUUACACGGAAUGUUAACAGCUGCGGGAUUAGCUAAAGUCAUGGAUGAUCUUUUCCACGGAGUCAUUUAUGCGGGUAUCGAUACGGAUAAAUAUAAGUAUCCGAUUGGAUCCGGCCGUGUUACAUUCAGUACGAAACAGUCAUACUUCAAAGCAAUUACUGCUUCGUUCAUAGAAAUUAAGACUGACAAAUUCACAAAAAAGGUACAGGUGGACCCUUACAUCGAAGAAUCGAUAUGUUCCGUAUGCGUUGUGCAACAAGGACAUUACUUCUGUCGCGAUGUGGCAUGUUUCCGAUACUUUUGCCGCAGUUGCUGGCAGUGGCAACACUCAGUGGACCCGAUGUCACAUCACACACCUCUGACACGAAACUCUAAGACGAACCAAGUGAUAGGAUUGAAUUCGAAUUUCGGAGUGAACAACUGUUCCCGUGUGUCUAAUACGACGAUGAUGUGAAGGAAGCGACGUUCGAAAAGGUCCUGUAUACGCGCGGCUACACUUUAGUGUUAUACACAAUUUUUUGUUCGCCCUCCUCUCCUUUUUGUUCCUGUUUGACUCUUUCGGUUAACCGACGUUGCGCCGCCUGAUUUAGAACAUUGGGCAAGAGGGUGCAGACUUAGUUUUUUAUUGCACAGUCGCGGACAAUCAGUCCGCCGGUACGGUGACACGCCGAUUCGUACCGCCGAAAUGGAGCUUGCGAACGCGCAACGAUUGGCUUAUUUAUCGUUGCCGUGCGUGCAAGGACAAGAUAAAUAUUGGAAAUCAUGUUUGUCAAAAAGUUCCUAUUUACGAACGCAGUCGUCUUACUACGUUCGAGCGCAAGUUGAUGUACUUUUAUUUAGUAUAUUUACUUAGAGAAGAAGGAGAGAGAGAGACAGGUUCUCUUAUCGAUGAUUUUUUUUUUUUUUUAAAUAAUACUAUCGUGCCAACAGUAGAUACUAGUUUACGGUCAUGAUCGUGUAUUAGAAAAAUUUGUAUACACACACACACACACACACACGCGCGUGUAUACAAUAUACACGUCGACUUCAGACACAAGCGUACAUAGUUAUUUGUUUUCGUCGAAGCGUUGUGAGAUGGAAUUGUGGCUUUCACAGUGACAAUAAAUUUUUACGCAAGAUGAGGUAAGCCUCCCGUUAUGGUGAGUUGAGCUGGGCUCAAUAAAACACGUAGAAUCCUCAGGAAAUCUAUAAUAGCAUCGUUGCCAUCAUGCGUUCGUGUUGAAAUAUUACGCUUAAUUAUGUGUUAUUACAUUGAUAAUGCUUAGAAGUGCUAGACAGAUCAUUCUAGAGCGAGUAAUUGAAAGUAAUUGUGCGAUAAUUAUUUGUUAUUAUUUACUUUACACGUAAUAUAUCCGAUGUUAAUGUGAUAACGGAAGACUUUCCGAAUAUAAUUAUACAAACGCUCUCGCUGGUCGUUCUUCCAUUAUGAUACUUGUCAAUGACGUUAAACAUGGUUUAUUUUUACGUUGCAGUACAAUGUAUCUCUACAUUCGGUUGCGAUGUAAACGCGUGUUACGUUUAGCAACUGCAAUCGACCAGAUUUUUGUAUUAGUUGCCGAAGCGAACGGCUGAUCACAAGUGUUUCGCUCACAUAAGGACUGUUUAACGGUUGACGAAAUGGAGAAGCACACGGUCUACGAUUCUGGCACGGAUUGUAGGGAAGUGAUUUGUUUUUAUUUUUAUUUUUUUUUUUUUUCAUGUUUUUUCUUACUACCUUAUAAUUAUGUUGCACAUAUCUUCUUUAAAAGUUUCUAUCUUUACUCGCCUUUCUUCUAUUUUGAUACGAUUUUGUUGAAAAUUAAAAAUCAUAUUUUUGCAGAUA